AUGGCUUCCCGUAUCUUUACCGCCGGCCUCUUCGCCGCCUCCGUCUCCCAGGUGCUCGCCUCGUGCGCCUACGGAACGCACAUUGACCCCCGUGCCGAGGGUGGCAAGGUCAAGGUCAACAACUUUGCUUACACCGGUAGCACCGGUCCCCUGAACUGGGUCGCUCUGGACGCCACCGCCAACGCCCUCUGCGCCACCGGAACCACCCAGUCCCCCAUCGACAUGGUCGCCGGCGCCUUCAAUGUUAUCCCCGGCAGCUCCAUCAACCUCGAGAUCCCCGAUAUGGCCGAGGGAACCGAGUUCGAGAACCUUGGAACCACCGUCGAGGUUAUCGCCAAGGGCGGAUCGAUGCAGGUCGCCGGCAGCAACUUCACCCUGCAGCAGUUUCACUUCCACUUGCCUAGCGAGCAUCUCGAUUCUGGAAAGAGCAUGGCCAUGGAGAUGCACAUGGUCUUCGAGGGCGCCAACCAAGAGAUUGCCGUCAUUGGCACUUACAUCGACCUGGAGCGGGGUGCCGCCGCUGCCGCUCCUGUCGCAGAGGCCCCCGUCACCGAGGGUGCUGCUGGAGGAAAUGCCACCGUCGAGCGCCGCAGCAAGCUGUCACGCCGUGCCGCCGCUGGUGCCGCCGCUGGUGCCCCCAAGGCCAUCCCCCUGAUGGGCACCACCCCUCUCAAGGUCGAGGCCGAGGCUGCCGCUUCUUCCAACCUGCUCGAGACCGUUUUCUCUUCCCUCGACGCCAUCAAGGAGCCCGGAACCGUCACCCAGACUGGCGCCCUGAACAUGCAGGAGGUUGUCAGCCUGCUCUCUGCCGGCAGCUUCCAGAGCUACAUGGGUUCCCUCACCACUCCCCCCUGCAGUGAGGGUGUCCAGUGGCUUGUCUCGACCCAGCGUCUCAUGGUCAAGCCCGAGACUUUCAUCGCCGUCCGCGAUGUCAUUGGCUUCAACUCCCGGUUCCCUCAGAACACCCUUGGCCAGGAGAACAUCCUUCAGGUUGCCCAGAAGACCAUCGCCGGUGCCAACAUUGCCAACCCCGUUGUUGCUGCGCCUGUCGCCGCGGCACCUGCCGCCAAGGUCCCCGCCGCUGAGGCACCUGCCGCCGAGGUCCCCGCCGCCGAGGCACCUGCCACCGAGGCCCCUGCCGUUGAGGCACCCGCCGCUGAGGCUCCCAAGGCUGCACCCGCUGCCGGCCAUGCUUAG